AUGGAUAACUUCGAGUACAGCAUCCAGCUGAACGACAGGGACUGGGCUGAAUUCUUCUUGGCGUCGGAGGAAUGCAACCUAGCACCGGCCGCCCUGGCCACGGCCGAGGAGCAGUGUCUCAGUGACAUUGAACAAGGGGACGGCGUGCCCGGGAGGGACUGCACGAACGGGCAGAUCGCAGCGAGGGUGGGCAGCAGGCCAGGGCCUGGCACGGGAAGCUCUGCCCCACGUGGGGUGCCCGGAGACGCCUCCCCGCGCUGGCCCGCCGGCGGGCACCUCUCCCUGCCGGAGCUUCUCUCGGGCAGCGAGGACGAAGCGGACCUGGGCUCGGUCGGCAGGUUUCUGUGCGAGAGCGACAAGCCCGGCUGCCCUUCGUCCGCUCCGAUGCCCAGCGCGCAGGGGAGGCAGCAGCCCCCCUGCGCCCCCGCAGCCGCCCUUGCCAGCCCGGCCGAGAGCAGCCCAGGGCAGGACGCAGCAUGCGAAGCAACAGCGUCGGAGAAAGAAGCAGCCAGCGGCAGCCAGGCCAUGGAGCCCCUCGGCCACCCAGCUGGAACAAGCCCCCCAGAACAAGGAGGGGAACAACCCCGUGGCAGUUUGGUGGCAGCGCAGGCAGGGGAUCCGGUGCAGGGCAGCUCGCCGGCACUGGCUACCUCUCCAGAGGUGAGGAAAAGUCCUAGCAGCGCUUCUCGCUCGGAGCCUGGGCUACGGGGACCACUGCGUGACCACCUGCCGAGCCCAGCCCUGGAAACUGCGCCCAGAGCACCCGGCUGCCCGGCACGGGAGGAGGCGAGUGGGGAGAGAGCAGGUACCGAGCUGAGCUCCCCGGCUUGCUCCCCGGACGUUGUGAGGCCCAAGGUGCCGGGACAGCUGAGAAAGAGCCGCAAGCAACGUGGAGCCGGUGGCACCGAGGCAGCCCAGGGGGACAGGGAGCUUGCGGGGGCUGCGGCACAAGGGACUGUGGUACCCGUGAGGGCACCUUUAAGCUCACCACUGUCCUCACGAAAGAGCAAAGGGAAGGAGAAGGCAGCCAGGCCGGCUCCUGUGAAGCUGGGGAGUGAGGAGGCAGGGGAGAGCAAGCGGCUGGUGCUCAGCCCUGGCAUGGAUGAGGGCAGUCCAGCCACAAGCACUCCCCCAAAGCAGAAGGUGAAGGAGCCGGGGGCACAGUCCCUGGGGAAGGCGAAGGCCACCAAGUAUGCAAAGCCAGGGCAGGCUGGUGGCUUGGGCAUAUGUGACAACGUGCCGGUGAUCCCUGCCAGCACAGCCACGGCUCCUUCAGGAGAGGCAUGCCCAGAGGCACUGGGGAAGCCUCUCCAUCCCAAGGGCAUGGCAGCUUCUGGAGGGGAUGCUGCUGAGAGAGCUCAUGGGGAGCCUGCAGCUGAGACCCCCAGGGAGCUGGGACCCCCUUGCUUUGCAGCCGAGGCCUCUGCAAGGGCAAACACUCUGGACGUGACUUGGCCCGAGAUGUACGACUAUUUGUUCUGUGACUCCCAGGGGGAAGAAGAAGGGAUGGAGAGCUCAACAGAGGGGGAGAAAACACCCUUAGAAAGGGAAAUAUCCUUGCCUGAACUGUAUGAAUAUUUUUUCAAUGAACCAGAAGGAAACAGAAAAAAAGUGAAGGGUAAAGACAGGAAGCGAAAGAAGUUCAGCAGCUUGGACCACACUCAGCUGCAAAAUGAGGAUCCCGACUCGGCUCCAGUCAAAGACUCCCUGGUUAUCUCAGUGCCUGAGGUGUAUGAACACUUCUUUCCAGACAGGCCUGGGAACAGGGCAGGCUGGAGAGGGAUUUUCUCCAUCACUCCAGCCUCUGAGGUGAAGAAAGCUGUGGGGGCUUUGAAGUCCUUCUUGCGACGGCCAGUGCACCUCAUCAGAGGCCAAGCCCCAGCCCCCCAGGCUCUUGUGCGGAGAGGAUCCGGAGAGAAGCUCCCGCUCAUCCCUCUGGCUCCGCUGGGAAGAGGCCAGGCGCGACCAGAAGGUUUGGACAUGGCCCUUGCACUGACAGGGAGGCCCCAGGCUCCGCUGGCGCUGACACACAAAGACAUGUGCCUCGUCUUCUGCGCCUUCGCGUCCUGGGCUGUGAAGACCUCCGACCUGCAGGCUCCGGACGCCUGGAAAACCAUGUUCCUGGCAAGUUUUGGCACGCUUUCUGCCAUCCGCUACUUCAGAAGGCAGGUCAGAGAAGGACACCCCCGGACCUAGUCUCUGCGCACACCAGAGGUGCUUCGCGAGGACAGGCGAGGACGGUGGAGGCAGAGGCUGGGGACUUUGUUCUUGGGCAGUGUGAGAAGCCUGGAUCCCAGCACCAAGACUUCUCUGGACCCAUCCCUAAACGGGACAGGCCGCCACAGGAAGCAGGAUCCUUCCGGUGACAGUCAUUUACAAUAACGGUAGGCAGUUUGUACCUGUACUGGACAGAAGAGGAGCCCGGCGAGGGCUGGCUCUGUUCUUUCUUUGCACACUUCUUGCAUACUUGUGCUAUCUCCUAGGAGUAGUCACAGUGUCUGUUCCAGGGCGCUGCUUGUCCGUCCUCCCUGCUGAAGUUACCUGGUGGCAAAGGAAGGCGCUGAGGUGGUGGAGGGAGGAGAGAGCAAAAGAAACCAGCAAAGUGCUUUGUUCCUAUGGAAGGGUUGGGGUAUCUGUGAAGGAAAAGAGGAGAGAGCUUUGGGGAAGAGUUGCCUCUGUCCAAAGAUGGUGCUUUGCUAAGCAUGUGCUGUCUGCGUGCGGAUAGCUGGGCAGCAGCUAAAGGGGGAUGGAGGGGCCACUCACUUGGCAAGGCCCAGGUCUCCCGUGACCGGUUUGGCUCACUGCAGGAGGACUCAUCCUCUUGGAUUUCACUCCGAGAAGUCACGGCUCGUUCUAACGGUUCGGGAGCCUGAGAUAGGGUUUCUGUUGCGUGCGGCCGCCUCAGCCCUGCUGAGCCAGAGCCGCGGAUGCAGUGUUUGUCCCUGCGGGUGAGCAGCACCCACUGCAAGGGCACAGCUCGCUCCCGUAGGCAGAGGAUGGGCAGAUGUCACCCAGCCAGAGCCAGGGGCAGCCGGGAAGGAGGCUGCACAGGAUGGAAGAGGGGCUGCAGGGGCAGCAGGGAAGGGGGCUGAGCUCAGGGGAGCCUCAAGAAAGAGCUCUGACAGGGGCAGGAGCAUGUUGGAGGGGAGGAAAAGGCACGUGUACGUGUUUUGCUCUGACAAUCACCAGAUGAAGGGUCUAGAUAUAUGAGUCGGUCCUUCCACUGCCUCCCAUCCUAGAGACGUAAAGUUGACUGGGAAGAGACACCGGGUGAGGAGGUGCCAGGGCUGUGUGUAACCUCGUGGGGCUGGAGGGGACCCGGAAUGGAAGGUGAGGUGAAAAAUGAAAAGGAAGUGGUUCAGUUUCUUCCCAGCCUCUAGUGCCCUCCUGCUCACUUGAGGGCAUUAUUCAUGAGGGUUUUUCUCCACUCCCAAGUGUGGUAACUGCACGAACGUGAGAUCUGUUAAGCACUUAGGGACCAGAUCCACAGAUUCUGGGGGAAAUCUACCCAGAAUACCUGUGCAGAUCUGCCUGUGAGUUUUAUAGGAACACAGUGGCAAUGUUUGUCUUAUGAAACCAGAGAAGGGAGGUUUAGCUCUUUCCUUGUAAUGCAGAGUGCCAUGCAAUUUUAAUGUGUGUAGGGUUGUACUGAAGACCAUGUAUUAUUGCUGAUAAGAGAGCACACUGUACAGUUGUACAGUGAGAUAUGUAGCAGUAAAUAGUGAGAGAGAGAUGUACAGGCUCUAUAUGGACUAUAGUAGCUGUAUAUCCAGUAAGAGGAGUUUUGUGGAGGAA